GUUGCUUUGCCCUGGCUCCCCUUCUUUUCCAACUGCGAGGGGUUCGACUCCUACAUCACUCUGUGGGAUCUCUUCGAGUCACCCGGGGACCAGGUUCGUGACGGCUGCGACCUCUACACGGCUGCAGAGGUGGAGAUUGUGCAGCCCCUUAUCAUCAACUUCGACACCUUGCAGGAAUCCUGGG